ACACGCCGCUAACAACCUUCACCUUUGUCAUAUAUGUUAUCCACCUUUUGAUUGGUCCUUAAAAAUAGAAUAACCAAUUAAAAUACGUAAUACAAUUUUACCACUGUUUAUAUUUCGGAACUACCCUAGUUUAUUAUAGUUGGUUACCAAGAAAAUGAGGUGUUCCAAAAGACUCAAUUACAAUAUGGCCGACGAAAUACAACAGAAACUUUGCAGUUCGGCGAAAAUAGACCGAGAUCGUGGGUAUCAAGAUUUACUCAGGCAUAUUCACACAUUGGAAGAAGAGGGUCUGUGUGAUUUAGAACAAAAGUUCAUCCAUUUGUUGGCUGACAGUACUGCACCAUGGGAAACAAAACAUGGAGCCCUAAUGGGAUCCAAGGCACUGCUGCUAAGUGGAAAUACAACAGACGAUUUCGUCGUCGACAUGAGAGCAAAAGCAAUCGAUCUAUUGGACGACAAGGAGUUUAGAGUCAGAAUUGCCGCAGGUGAAGUCCUUGGAGCUUUGUGUAAGAAAGUUGGUCCUGAAAUCUAUAACAGAUCCAAAACAAUAAUUCUGGACAAAAUCAGUGUGAACUUGGAACGUGAUCCAAUGAUGGAAGUGGAUAAGAAUGAGCAUGAAGAGGCGAGCAAAUUGAUGGAGAAACUCAGCAGUUCACCUGGACGGAGAGGAAGUGCUGAUGCUGAACAAAUUUUCCACGACACUGCUGGAUGGAAAAAUUUAGAGACAUCUAUGAAAUGUCUUCAGUCUGUUGUGGAGGGAUGUGGUCACCAAUUUUCUGAGUUUGUCGACCAGGAGUUACUGGACUUGGUAUUCCGUGCUCUAAAACAUACCAACCGUUUUGUGAGGGAGACAGGAUUUUACGUUUGUGCUUCAAUAGUAUCAAUUGGCUUGUCAGAGGAAGCCAUGGAACCAGAGAUGCCUGAGAAUAACCCAUUGUACCAGUAUGGACAGCAGUUUGCCGACUAUCUGGCCCAGGGACUGGCAGAUAACUGGAGUCAGGUUCGCUUGGCUGCAUCAACAACAACAAGACAGUUUUUACUGAGUCUUCCAUCAGAGGAAAGCAGAGAGCACUUCUUCCCUUCUCUUCUACCAAAGAUGUGUCUAAACAGGUACUAUGUAGCAGAAGGUGUUCGUAUAUACUCACAGGACACAUGGAAACUUGUGACAAAGACCGACGGCAAACGCUAUGUGGAAAAAUACAUUAAUCAAGUUGUGGACUAUUACGUAGAGGCCACUGACGCUGAUAACCAUGCGGUAAGAGAAGCAGCGUGUGCCUGCAUUGCAGAACUUGGAGCUAAGAUUGACAGAGACCGAGUGCGGCCCUUUGUGCCUCAACUCGUGGAGACCCUCAUCAUAUGUUUUAAUGAUGAAAGCUGGCCAGUCAGAGAUGCUGCAUGUGUGGCCAGUGGAAAUUUUGUUGUCUGUUUCCCAGAAGAAUCCAGGAGUUCCUUGCCUGCUCUCUAUCCCUUGUUCUUCAACAAUUUACAGGACAACAUUCCGUCUGUUCGACAGGGUGCUGCUUUGGCUAUCUCUAACCUUGUGCAGGCUUAUGGCCAGGAUAGCCUGGAUAUUGUGAUGGGUAAGAUAAAGGAAGGCCUAGAUGGACUUGAGAAACAACCAGCCUCCACGGAGAAGUAUACUGACCUCGACACAGCUCCAGCCACAUACGGGGUGGUCAAACGUCGUCGUGACAAUGAUCUUGACCUUCACACAGACAGACAGAUGUAUUCGUGUGGAUCCCUGGCCCCUAAGAUGGGAAGAUCCAGAGGAGGUGGUUGUAUGGACCACAAGUUUAGAAAGCCAACAGAGCCCUGGGAACUUGCUGAUGGAUGUAUCCACUUGCUUGCCGAGCUGUCUAACCACCAUGACCUUGCUGCCCCGGUCAGCCAGAUGUUACCUGAUAUGGCCAAAUCUACAUCAUAUCAGCAUUAUACUCAACAUAUUGUCUACUGUGAAACUAUUUGUAAACAGCUGCCAAACAUUGCCAAAGGAAUUGGAAAGCGACAUUUCAAAAUGCAUUUAGAGAUGUUUCUGGAUAUCAUAUUCCACAGUUUGACCUGUGAUAACUCCCUGACAUCGAGUGCUGCUAGUCAAUGCCUAAAUCAGCUGAGUGCUUUCUUGGGUCCAAACAUUCUCAAGGGUCGUGUGGAACAAUACAACCCAAGAUAUUUGGAGCAGUUGAAUGCAAAUCAGUGUAUAGCAGCAUUAUAGCACAGGGAUUUGUGAGACAACUUAUUUCCAGGUGGAUAAACUAUUCCCUGCAUGUCAAACAUGACCCGCCCGAAGUGUCCCCUGACUCCCCACCUUUGUAUCGAGGAACACCUGACUACAGUAUUAAUUUAGUGACAUUCCUAUAUCACCUCGGAUAUAUAUUAUACACAAAGACAGUAAUCUAUUGUGUCUGCAGUAUGUGUUACAUAGGUGCAUACUACUGAGGAACACUGAUAUUAAUUAAUCCUUAGAAGCCUUUGUUCCUUGAAUAUAUUAGGGACAGACUAUAUUCAAAUCUCCUAUCAUGAGAUAUGAAGGUGUCUAAUUUUAGUUGACAAAUAUCCAAGAUUAUUCAUGCAGUUUUCUGGCUUUACCACUCUGACUCUUCUAUGGUUUAAAUUGUCUAGUUUCUAUUCUAACAUCUGUCAAUGUAGUAAAUAUAUCCAAAACUUUCACUAUACAAAUAGUGUAUAGACUAUUUUUGGAGCAGAUUUACUACUAUGUAUGUAAAUCCAGCGAUUCUGUUCAUGCUUAGUGUAUACGCUGUAUAUACCAUGAUUAAGGGGAAUAUGCACAGGGUUAUGAUAGUAACAUACACAGUGGAUAGGUUCAGGAACAGAUGUACCAAUAACCUGUGUGUAGUAACAACCAAUGUAUACCUUCUAUUGUACUCAGUAUAUGUAGUAUAUUGCUGUAUGGCAUGAUUAAGGGUUUUUUUUUUCUUUCAAUUUGAUUGUUUAAAAUUCAAAAUUUAAAAUUGUUUUAUUAUCACUAAUGUUUUCUAUAGUCUUAAAAAUCAGUUGUCUGUGAUUGUGUUGUAUAAUGAUUGUGCUGCAGUACUUUUAUAAGUGCUUGUCAUUGAGUAAGAAUGUAGAGAGACUUCAAUGUAUUGUCUGAGCUAAGUUAUAACAAAUCCAGGUUUUGACCUGAUUGAUUGUCGUCAUCUACUGUAAAGAACUGUUUUUGAAUAGUAAGAGUUUCAUAGAAGGUUCCUCACAACAUCCUAUUUGGAUAUUUCUUAAAUCAUCUUUAUCUAAUUUUCAUUGGGGUCAGGAAAGAGAAUAUGUGUAUUUUAAUCAGAUAUUUAUAUCAUGAAAGUUGUAUGUUGCAAACAUAAGUAUUGUUAUUUUGUCAUUGUUUCUCUGUGGUAAAUCAUGACCCCUAUACUGCUUAUUGACCCUUAAUUCUGGCUAGUCAAUGAUUAAAUGUGGAACUACAUAUAUCAGUUUUUACAUACCCUUCUGGAAUUUCUUAUCAUACGUUGAAACCUGUUUAAAGUGACCGAUAUUUACAUCUGGUUUAGUAACCUAAAUAUAGAUCACUUAGGCAGUCUGGUUUAGUAAUCUAAAUAUAGAUCACCUAGGCAGUCUGGUUUAGUAAUCUUGAUAUAGAUCACCUAGGCAGUCUGGUUUAGUAAUCUAAAUAUAGAUCACCUAGGCAGUCUGGUUUAGUAAUCUAAAUAUAGAUCACCUAGGCAGUCUGGUUUAGUAAUCUAAAUAUAGAUCACCUAGGCAGUCUGGUUUAGUAAUCUAAAUAUAGAUCACCUAGGCAGUCUGGUUUAGUAAUCUAAAUAUAGAUCACCUAGGCAGUCUGGUUUAGUAAUCUUAAUAUAGAUCACCUAGGCAGUCUGGUUUAGUAAUCUAAAUAUAAAUCACCUAGGCAGUCUGGUUUAGUAACCUAAAUAUAGAUCACCUAUGCAGUCUGGUUUAGUAACCUAAAUAUAGAUCGCCUGAGCAGUCCUGUUUAGCAAGAUGAACAGAAAUUUGGAAGUGUAUUUGUAGGUAAGUUUUCAAAGUUUGCUAUGGCUUUGGAGGAUAUAUAGUAUUUUUUCAUAUGAUACUAUUAUGAUAAGUUGUGUUUUAAUUUCAAUGAUGUGUUCACACAUGGUUGUGGAGACAUUGAGACGUCUCAAUGUUUUAAAAUGUGUUAGAGGUGACCACCAGUAGUUAAAAACGAUUACAUAUUCAAUGAUUGAAAUAUUUUCAUUUUUUGACGUUCUUAAAAAAUCAUGUAUCACAGGCUUGCUUGAUAUGUUAACACACAAGUAUACGGUGCUUUACAAGCAAUGGCCAUCUGAAGUUUGUGUUAAUGUUCUACUACAAAUUAGUGCACAUUGUAGGUACAUGUAAACUGCUGUAAGUGGGACACAAAUAAACAUGUAAAUCACAUGAAAUUGUAGUUCAUAGGAAAGGCAAGUACCCUUGUUAUAAUUUAGGAAGCAUGUGUCACUUUUUGCUUAUGUAUCUGUUUAUUAGGGCAGUAAGAUGGUGGGUAAGUCGAAACUCUGAUCAGUAGAAUUAGGAACACUUUGGUCAGUAGAAUAUGCCAUGCCCUGAUGAGCCUCUUUGUUGCACUAUGACCCAAAGUGCUGGCGAGCUUAUGGCAUGGUGAAGUGUCCAUCAUCCUUAUAUCAACUUUUCAUAAAAAUCACUACUCGUCCUGAACGAAUUGUUUGAUUUGGGCAAAAUUUGGUUGAGGGAUCCUUAGACAAUGUGGGAACCAAUUUUGUGUAAACAAUAGGUAUUGACCUUAGUUUCCUACCAAUUUCUUUGAAACGUUGGAGGUUUUAUGAUUGAGAUAUGGAGUUAUGCUUAAUGAGUUGGAGACCUAUCGUUGAUUACUCGCAUUUCUCUACUGUAAAGAUUGACUUUUUACAUUUAGUCUAAGAUGAGGGUUAUAACAUGCUACCUAACCACCUUAAGGCGAUGCAAGUAAGAUAAUAUAUAUCACAUAAUGGUAUUUGACAGGUAUAUAUUGUUCCUCGUGGUACUUGUUAACUUGUCUUGGAGUGUUUCUGUUCAUAAACAUUUUAUUUGAUAAGCCAUUUUGUUAAUGAUGUACACGGUUAUUAAACCAGGAUCUAACAUGUUAAAUGUGGACAGUAUUGGUUUCUGUCAUUUGUAACACCCUUUCAAUAAUGUGGAUUAAAGACUUACAAGACACUGUCAUAUCAAUCACAAUUAAAGAUCAAAACAUAAAACAAGGUCUUGUGACAUGUUCUGUAUUCAAACGUUAUCUAUUUUGAUAAAUGUUGUCUAUUAAACAUAUUGUAAGCUGCUAA